AUGACGAGCCUCGCCGAUGAGCUCAUGAACGACCUGGACGACCUCGGCAGCGGCUCGGACGUCGACGACGAGCUCGACAGCGCCAUGGCCGGGCCCAGCGCAGCCACCGCCUCGACGAGCGCACCACAAGCCGACGGCGACGACGACGGCGACGGCGAGGCGGGCGACGUCGACGAGGCGCUCCUCGGUGGUGCUGCAGGCGAGGUGCACGUCCCUGAAGGCGGCGUGCGCCCGGCAGACGAGGUGGACCCGGAGGCGGUCAACGCGAUGGACUUGGCCGGCGUCGCAGAGGUGGGCAAGGUGGCGCGGCUCCAGGGCAGCAGGACGAUGCGCGAGGUCCUCCAGGAGAGCAGCGAGUACCUCCUCAUCGUGCAGGCCAACAACCUGAGCGUCGAGAUCGACAACGAGAUGCUCGUCGUCCACAAGUUCAUCCGCGACCACUACCUGCCCCGAUUCCCCGAGCUCGACUCGCUCGUCUCGUCCCCCCUCCCUUACUGCCGCGUCAUCCUCGCGCUCGGAAACGGCCCCGAGCUGCAAGGCGACAUCGCCGGCAUCCUUCCCUCGGGCUCGGUCAUGGCCGUCAAGGUGACGGCGGCGACGACCAAGGGCCAGCAGCUGUCCGACACCGAGUGGAACGUCGUCAAGGGCGCGGUCGACCUCAUGUUCAGCCUCGACCAGUCGAAGCGGACGAUCCUCGAGUACGUCGAGUCGCGCAUCACGCUCCUCGCGCCCAACAUCUCGGCCAUCGUCGGCACGCAGACGGCGACCAAGAUCCUCGGCAUCGCGGGCGGCCUGCAGGGCCUCGUCCGGAUCCCGCACUCGAACAUCUACCUCCUCGGCGCCGUCAAGCGCGCCAAUACGGGCUUCUCGACCGCCGCGCACUCGGUCGACCGCCUGCACACCGGCUUCAUCUACCAGUGCCCGCUCGUGCAGCAGACGCGCAACGAGGACCGCAUGAAGGCGCAGCGCAAGGUGGGCGCCAAGGUGGCGCUCGCGGCGAGGGUCGACAUGGCCAAGAGCGCGCCGACGGGCAGCUUCGGCGAGGAGAUGAAGGGCAAGCUCGAGGGCGAGAUGGAGCGGCUCGCGAGGCCGGCGCCGAGCAAGGUGACCAAGGCGCUGCCGAGGCCCGACGCGCAGAAGAAGAACCGGCGAGGCGGCAAGCGCGCGCGCAAGGCCAAGGAGGCGUACGCGCAAACCGAGCUGCGCAAGCUGCAGAACCGGCUCAAGUUCGGCGAGGCCGAGGAGGAGGUCGGCGCGUACGACGACGUGCAGGGCAUGGGCAUGAUCGGGUCGUCGAGCGGGAGGGUGCGGGCGAACGUUGCCGAGGCGAGGAGCAAGGCGAAAUUGUCCAAGUCGGCCAAGGGCCGCAUCGCGUCCAUCAAGCCCGUGUCGGGUACCGCAACAUCCGGCCUGGCGACGUCGCUCGCGUUCACGCCCGUGCAGGGUCUCGAGCUCGUCGACCCGAGCAAGAUGCGCAGCAAGGUGGACGAGGCCAACGCCAAGUGGUUCGCCGAGGGCGCGUUCUCGCACGUGCCCAAGGGCGGCGGGAUCGGGAAGCCUGGCGCGAGCACGUCCAAGUGA